AUGUCCGACCCAUACCGAAAUGGCGAAGCAGCUGCUACUCCUGAUCGGAUGAGCCUGACCACAGCUGCAACCAAAGACAUCUUCUUCGACGUGGAGGGUUACACCGCCGCCAUACUCAUGUCCACCGGCGACAAUUGCUACUACCCGUCGGAAAGGUUCACCGUCGGCGGGUACGACUGGGCCGUCCGCUUCUACCCCAACCAACUGGGCUCCCACAUAUCCAUCCUCCUCGUGCUCCUCAGCGAGCCCAAGGAUGGCACCGUGGUCGGCGUAAGGUUCGGAUGCGCGGUGCUCGACAGGUCCGGCAGGCCUUCGGCGGAGCUUUGGCAGAGCUCCUCGACCGUCCUCUCUUUCUACGGCGAAGAGUGGGGGUUUUGGAGAUUCGCGCCGCGCGAUGUUCUGGAGGACCCGGAUUACCUUGAAGGGGACUGCCUCACCCUGAGCUGCACUGUCUCUGUUCUAAGGAAACCGCAACUGUCGUCCGACUAA